CUUCAUGCACUUGCAACUUAAAAAUAAGUUAGAAAAUACUUGCACGAAGAAUUUUCAUCCCUUCCUUGGAUGGCAGACAAGAGCCGGCAUCUCCAAAGCCAGAAAAGGAAAGGCUCGCCUUGUACAGACAGCUCUGUGCCUGACACAAUGGCUCCAGUAUAAAGUGUAGCUUGACCGGUGCUUGAAAGCAACAGAACAAAGGAACACCAAGGGGCGGCUUUUGAGACCAAAGAACAUUGAAAACGACAUCCAAAUCAUCCAGUGAUGGAGAAAUUUAAGGCUGCUCUGUUGCUGGCCGGGGCUGGGGAUGCUUUGGGCUAUCGAAACUUCACCCGGGAAAACAGCGCUUUAGGUGCAAAGAUCAAAGAAGAACUGAACGAAAUUGGAGGACUCGAGAACCUAGUGCUGACUUCUGACAAAUGGCCUGUGAGUGACAAUACUAUUAUGCACAUGGCUACAGCUGAGGCUCUCGUUACAGAUUACUGGUGUUUAGAAGAUCUGUAUCGGGAACUCGUAAAACGUUAUGUUGAUGUUAUUGACAAACUUCCUGAAAGAUGGUCAGAUCCGGCUACUAUUGAGGGCUGUUCACAACUGAAGCCAGACAACUACCUCCUAGCUUGGCACACACCAUUUAAUGAGAAAGGUUCAGGGUUUGGGGCAGCUACAAAAGCCAUGUGCUUAGGGAUGAGAUACUGGAAACCUGAGAGGCUGGAAACUCUCAUUGAAGUAAGCAUUGAAGUUGGACGGAUGACUCACAAUCACCCAACAGGGUUUUUAGGAUCACUGUGCACAGCUCUGUUUGUCUCCUAUGCAAUACAAGGCAAGCCACUUGUCCAGUGGGGAAGAGAAAUGAUGAAGGUUGUCCCAGUGGCUGAAGAAUACUGCAAAAAGACUAUUCGGCAUAUGGCAGAAUAUCAGGAACACUGGUUUUACUUUGAAGCAAAAUGGCAGUUUUAUUUGGAGGAAAGAGAAAUUACUGAUGACAACCAGAAUAAACCUCUGUUUCCUGAUAAUUAUGAUGCAGAGGAGAGAGAAAAGACUUACAGGAGGUGGAGUUCGGAAGGUCGUGGUGGAAGGAGAGGGCAUGAUGCUCCCAUGAUUGCAUAUGAUGCUCUCUUGGGAUGUGGUGGUGACUGGACUGAGCUGUGCAACCGUGCCAUGUUCCAUGGUGGUGAAAGCGCAGCAACCGGAACUAUUGCUGGCUGUUUGUACGGAUUGCUUUAUGGCCUCAACAAGGUCCCAAAAGGCUUGUAUCAGGAUCUUGAACAAAGGGAAAGGCUAGAACACUUGGGAGAGGCUAUUUACCGACUGACUACUGAAGAAAAGUAAAGAUUUUUUUUUGCCAUAUUACCUUCUUUUUUAAGUAUUAUAACACACCCUGUAGCCAAAUUUAUAAGAACCAGGUCCUAAACCUAUUUGUAACGCUACUUCACAUCAAAUUCUGAUUUAAUCAUUCAGACCUAAGAGCCACUUCAUACACAGCCUUUGUGUAAGUGUGCACAUAAGUUUUUAAAGCAUACACCAAAAAUGUAAUAUUUGACUCAGUUAUCAGUUUGUCUGCAGCUCCCUAUUAAAUAUGCCCCUGGUUACAGAACAGGAUUUGCUGCCAUGUAAUGUGUUCUCCUGAUAUGCAUGGUUGCUAUAUAAUAUGAAUAGAGUACAGGACAUGUUUUCUACUUCAGUAAAAAUGAUGGUUUUGCACAUCAUGUCCUGAAGUAGAAAAUAUGCAUGGUUUCUAUUCAGAUGAAAAGGAAACCAUGCACAUCAGAAGGAUCUUGGGGAACCUUCACAUCUUCAUGGUUGUAUGCAUGGUUGGAUCCCGUCCCCCAACUUAAUUAACAUAAUGACUUCACAUGCAAAACAAAUACUUUUUGCACAUUUGUUUAAGCCUAACUAAUGUGAUCACUCUUCCAAAGAAAAUAUUUCUGAGAUUAAUAUUUAUAAAUGCCUUUGUUUCCCCUGCAGUUCCUUACUCUCAUUGUCUCUUUGGUACCACCUAACUCACAAAUUCAUUUAAUAGUGUUCCUUUCUUAUAACAGCAGUCUAAAUUAAAGCUAGCACCAGGAAGUUGUCUAAGGAAUGGCAGUGUACAAACAGAUGUGAAGAAACAUGCAAAUACAUAUUGAAAAUAAAUCUACAGAUUUUGAUGUGUUUUCUAAAAAAAAAAAUCCUAGUCAAACUUUUAAAAAACUGGGUGACUAAAAUACU